UUACCUAACUAGUUCACUGCCUCAUUCAAGAAAUACUUACUGCUACAUCAAUAACGACUUGAAACUGUUCACAUCACACCAAAUAAGGAAUGGACACCAACCGCAAGAUAUUUUUCCUCUUUGUCAUAUUCAUGGUAAUAUGCAUUUGUUUUUAUAUUUCUCAAUUUAAAUAUGAUCUCAAGAACGUACAAAACAUUUGGAAUUGGACUCCAACAACUAAGCAGUAUGUUUCCUACACAAGGAAUACCUCUCGAUUGUUUCCAGGUAAUCAGACUGAAAACGAUCGUAUCGAAGCUCAAAUGAAAUAUGUCCUACCAAGAGAGGAGAGAUGGGAAAAUUAUAAACGGAUUACGCACCAAAAUCAGUCUGAUUCUGAUCGAAAUGUAAAGUUAAAGCCAAUUAGACCAAAGUUUAAAACGUUGUUAAUAUACAGUUUAGAAUAUCUGCAACCAUUGAAGGAAAAUCAAACGAGUUUCCUGGAAUAUAAAUGUCCAGUUAAUGAAUGCUUAGUCACAAACAACAAAGCAAUGCAAAAUAGUGUAGAUGCUAUUUUCUUUUAUGAGAGAGUGGGACUAUCACAGAAAGCAAACCACACGAACCAAAUAUGGAUUUUUAUGACACAAGAGUGUCCUGUUUUCAACCCAUCAGUGAAACACCUGGGAAACAAAAUCAACUGGACGAUUACUUAUAAGCAGGACAGUACGAUUGUAUAUCCUUACGGAAAAUUUCGAUAUUUUAACAAGUCAGUAAGACAAAAAGUACAAGUUCAAAAUUAUGCAGCGGGAAAAACAAAGAAGGUUGCUUGGUUCGUAUCGAACUGUCGUCCAAGCAACAAUCGAAUGGGAUAUGCUAAGGAGCUCGGAAAAUAUAUCCAAGUGGAUAUUUACGGUGGAUGUGGUACAAAAAGUUGCACGAGAAACAAUGAAAAUAAAUGCUUUGAGAUGUUAAAAAAGGAAUACAAAUUUUAUUUGGCAUUCGAAAAUUCCAAUUGUAGAGAUUAUAUUACUGAAAAAUUCUUCACUACUGGUUUGAAAUAUAAUGUUAUUCCAAUAGUAAUGGGUGCCCAUCCUGACGACUAUCGUGAAGUAGCACCCGAGAAUUCGUACAUCCACUACGAGGAUUUUAAAUCCCCAAAAGAAUUGGCAGAUUAUCUGCAUAAACUUGAUAAAAAUGAUACUCUUUAUAAUGAGUAUUUCAAAUGGAAAGGAACAGGAGAAUUUAUUAAUACCAAAUUUUGGUGUCGUGUUUGUGCGAUGCUACACGCUGCCGAUUAUUACAAGCCGACAUGGUAUGAGAACGUAUGGGAAUGGUGGGCAGGAAAGGGUCAGUGUAUUGGAAGGCGCCGGUGGACAUAAAACAUAGGAUAUUGUGAUAUAAUGUCCAUGAUGUUGUCAUUGAACGGGAUAAACUAUAUUGAGAGAGAGAGAGAGAGGGAGCGAAAGAGAGAGCGAGAGAGAGAUUGAGAGGAGGCGGGAAAGAUAGGGAAGAGGUAAGAGAACUUAAAAACUGCAAAUUCUCGCGAUUAUAAGAAAACCCUUUAAAAUUCUUGGGUAAUCUUUCCUUUCGAACUGUUUUUACUUCUACAACCGUAUUUAAACAAACAUAUUGAACAGUGUUUAUUUUUCUUUUCGUGAAUUCGUUUCCAUCGUUACAUGAUUUAUUUCUUUAUGUGUGUCACGUUACAGAGUUGUGCUUAUAUAAAUACUAGACUACCCGUGACCUGUUGGGUCACCGGGAAACUCAGUGAUACAGCAACGGA